AUGAGCCAUAUAUUCUCAUAUCUAGCACCAGAAACCCAAUUCACAGCUGUUGUCGAAUGGAAUUCUCCAGGUGAUGCUGCAAUCUAUAACAGCGAAAAUCAACAUAUAAUGGACAUAAAAACGCCACCUAUAAACAUUGGAAAAUGGGUCCUUUCAUAUAUUUUCUGUGGUAUGAGUUGCUGCAAUAUCGGAAACAAGGAAGUCGAUGGUAUUCAUCCCCAAUAUGGCGAGAUUUUGGCCCUUAAAGAAUUGGACCCUGGUACAAGCUGUUUUAAAUGCCAGAAAGGUUUCAAUUAUGGGAUCGUUGUUGGACAAACCGAAAUUUGUGGAAGCUUCCAUCAUUCUGCAUCAUUGUGCUCCGAGUCGGACACCUUCCGAGAUCCACAAAAUAAUGUCAUCUUUGACAUCAGCAAAGAACCAGUCAAAACAAAAAAGGAGGAGAAAGUGAAGCUGACGAAAAAGCGUCAAGUAAUUUUCAGUAAAGAUGAAAAACCAGUGUGUAAAAUCGAUAGUAAAUUCACUCCGAAGAAAACAAUUUCAACUUUUACUUUUCCCGCGGAAUUAUCCGUUCAAGCAAAAAUCUGUCUUAUGAUGUACACAGCAAUGGAGGCCUUUGAAUUCAAGGACGAAUCUCAAGCAUUCAUUUCGAAUAUGUUCGGCGGUGGAAAUUAA